AUGGAAGUGUUUACGGACCUCCUGCACGUCAAUCCCGACCACCACCGCGAGGAGCUUGCACUCCUCGGACGCGAGGGAUCCGGCACAGCCUGGCGUCCAGCGAUUCCCUGGCCUUUGCCGGUUUCUUCCAGUACGGAAGGCGACACUCUCUUUUUUCCAGACUUUCGCGAUCAAGACUGCCCGGAGGAUCGGCUAGACGAACAAGGAUAUCGCGACCUUGCGCUCUCGUACAGCUUCAUCAACUACCGAGGUCGCCACGUCCUCAAAGUCGAGCCAGACACGCAGAAGGAGCUGUUCCGGACCUCCUUCGUCUGGAACCUACCCUUCAACGAGGAGAUACGCCAACGCAUCCUCAGGGGUCCUCCCGACGUUUCGAGCAAGAUGGCUUGGACCAUCCCAACUCUGAGGGCCAACGCCAGCAAGGACCUGGCAAAGCGCGUCUUUCCUGACCCUGCCGGACCACAAGCGCAGGAAGCUGCUCAAGACGACUCGGUCUCCACUUCUUCUUCGUCUCUGACGCCCGUCAGUGCAUCGCCGCGUCCAAGCAGUCCUCGUCGUCAAGUGACUGGACUCAAUGAGGGCCGCCUCAUCAAGAACGAGCGCGAGAGAGUCAGAGUUGGCUGGAAGGACGACACAGGUGCCCACUUCUGGGCCACCCUCCCUCUCACGCUUGGCUCUCUCCAUCUUGCCAUCUUUCGCAGCAUCGGCGCAAGCACGUCGUUCAGGGUCGACUUCCAAGAUAGGCGCUUCAACAAGUCGGUCGGACGCAGGGUUGGACCAAUCCUAGAGGCAAGGAUUCGCGCGUUCGUCGAAGCCUCUCCCGACUACGCCACCCUUGAUGGAGAUGCAGAGACCUUCGCAGACUUCUUCAUCAGUCUUACUGGCGAGUAUCGCGCCUCAUUCGAGAGCCCGAGCGCCUACGAGGACCUGGUUUUCAAGCUUCGGGCUGUGCACAAUCGACAGUCUCCAAAGCGAAAAGGCGACAUCAUCUUCGUCAACGAUGUUAGGGGGCGUCUGUCGCAUAAGAGCGUCUUCGUGGAGGACGGGCAGCGCAAAGGUUCGUUCAUAUCAGUGCGCAUGGACGAUCGAUUCCGCGACAUGUAUCUGCCGCGCCUUGCCGAUAUCCUUUUUUCUCUCAACGUCACGCUCCACAUCUCCGUGGAGGAGCAAGAGGGCCAGAGCAUCGAGCAGCAGGAAGACCGAAUGCUGCACGUUCUCGUCAGUCGCGCCCUUCGCUGCCUCUUGUACUAUCCGGUCGCCCAUCGCCUUACGACCACGACCUACGAAGAGGCCCUCCAUAUCGCAACAGAGUGGAUGGACAUCCUAAGCAUGCGCUCGCCGCAACGUCCUCGGCUCCUGCAAUACGUGGUGCGCGACACCCAGCCUCCGAUCUAUGCCGUUCAGCUCCCAGCUCCGCACGACGAGGCGAGAACCACUCUCAGCGUGCAUCUGGUCACACGUCAUCCGGACCAAGCAUCUGCGGCAGCAACCUCCGAUCGCAUCGAGGACUACCUCCAUGAUCGCCGCCUCGGAGCUCUGGAUCCUCACGACUGUUUCGGCUGCUGGUACCUGAUCGACGGGCCUGGCGAGCUCGUGUCGACGUACUGGGGAGGCGGCACAAUUCCUGGUGUGACGUUCAACGGCCUCCGGCUGCUCGACGUGGUCAAUGCCAGAGGGCUCGACUUGUAUCGUUGCGCGCUGCCUGGACUCGCGCAGGAUCACAAGGGCUGUGACUCUGGCGGUAUGCAUCUGUGCAUCCGAGCUGGAAGCGGAGCCCAGUCCCGAUCAAGACCUUUCGAGUCAGAUCUCCGAGAUCUCGUGCCACACGAGGGCAGAGGACCCUUGAAGUGCCAUGUGCUGUACACCUUCAGCCUCUGCUGGUAUCACCAGGCGGUUCGCUCUUCCCUUUACGCCGUUGCCACGGAUCGCUUUUUCGAAGUUCGUUGGAGCAGUUGGUCGGACGUCCAGACGCCCGUUGAUGGUGCUCAACCUCCACUCUCCCUGGACGUCCUCAAGAGCGUAGUCCUUCCCACCCACAUCAAGACCGCGCCUGUCCUCACCUCGCACCAGGACCGGGCCUCGAUCGUUCGAUUUUGGCUACAUGGAGGUGACGUGCUUGGCCAGCUUAAGCUCGAAUCGCUUCUCUGCGAGUAUCGAGGGGUUCCUGGCAGCGUCUUUGACUGUAGGCUGCUUCUCAACACCAACACUCGGUCGCUGAGGGACCGUCGUGAUCUGUACCGAGCUGCGCUCCCUUCGGUCGAUAAGGAGGUGCAUUUCCUUCGCGACGGAUCCCAACACGUCAAGGGUAAUCUCAAGAUCACCGACCUCCAGCACAAUCUUGCCAAAGGACAUGCGUUCCUGCCCUUCCAUGCGGAUCUGUUGGAACUGUCGCUCGUCUGCCAUCAGCUCAUCUCACCUCUCUUUCCUGCAAAAGCAGAGGCGAUGAGACGAUUUGUAGAAGCUACACUCAGCGACGACUGGCAGGUGAAGUGCUCGCAAUUUUUUGUGUCGCAUGCACAACGCCGCACUCACAGCAAAGGCCUACGCCAGCGAAGCGACGAAGCGUUCUUUCAGAUGGCUGGCGCAAACUUGAUCCGAGGGCCGCCAAGGCGCCUGGUCACUGCCGCCUUGCGCAGCGCAGACAUCGAGGAAGCCGAACGAGAAUUCGAAGAGCUGGACGACGAGAUGGUGUCUGGGGAGUUCGAAGUGGUGGAGCCUUUGAACAUUCUUGAUCUGAAAGAGGAGCGCAAGGAGAUGGAGGUAGACGACGCAGACGAGGGUCGUUGGACCACACGCGCUGUCAAUCCUGCGUUCCUUCAACGAACAACUCAAGAGGCAGCGCUCAAGGUCAUCAAGGAGAUGGAGGCUCACUUCGGCGAAACGUCUGGCUGCAGAGACAUGCAGGGCUUUGCCAGGAACCGGGCCGGUCUGCCUGUUCUGGUUGGAGACGAAAGCUGGAACUGGCAGAAGCUGAUGCGUUUCUAUGCGGACCGCCUGGAACGCUCCUUCGUCUGCGAGCAGGCCAGGCCAGUUGCGGCGGAUCAAGGUGACAAAGGGCCCAUCGACGACGUGACAGGAACCCAUGCCCACCUGUCGGGCUACGAGCAAAGGUCGCCGGUCACGCUGCUCCUGACGCACUACCACCAGCAGCUCAAGUACGGCACUGGCCGUCGAUGCCACCUCACCGGCCUUGCCCUGGUUGCCGAAGUCGGGCAUCCCCUCAAGAUCAGUCUUGGACACCGCGUGCACGGCUGGAAGAUGUGGCACGGCUGGUCCGCGCAGGUACCUCAGUCCUUCUCCCAGUUCUGCGAAGAGGCGAACAACGUCGUCUUCGAGUCUUGGUGGGCAAACAGCUGGCGACGAGGUUGGCGUUGUCUGCGGGCAAGCCUACCCAGACGGCUUCUCUGGGCUCUGGACUGGCUCGAGGCGGCCAGCAUGUGUGACGUCGUCAAACACUUCACUCACGACGAGCUGGAAACGAUUCGGCUGCACUACGAGAAUGGGGGCACGGAAGCUGCGCCUUCGUUCGAAUGGACAGUGGGGACCGACCCCCUUGUCGAUAUCAACGUGCUCAGCCCUGCCGAGCAGAGCAUCGUCUGGCAGAGGGUCUACGGCAGUCGCACCUGA